CAUACGGAAGACUCCGGGGUAUUUGAUAAUUCAGCGAGAAAAAUCCCAAAUCGAACUCCACAUGAUUUCGAUUCCACAAUAUUUUGCAUACAAUCGGAGUAUUUGAUCCCGCAGCCAUGGACGCAUCCGCGCAGCUCGCCGAUCCUCUGCGUCGCGCCUCGCUGCCGUCUUCUCUACUCGCCACCAUUUCCAAGGAUUCACACAAUCGCCGCUCGUCCCUUAGGAUCCGGAGACGAAACGCCGUAGUUCGCGCCAUCGCAACCGAGCCUAAGCCUCCGGACACCAGGCCUUCUCCGUCCAAGGCAGUCAACGGAUUCCCCAAUGGAGUCUCCACAAGAAUGCAGGAGGUAUCUCAAGAGAUCAAGAGGGUAAGGGCACAAAUGGAGGAAAAUGAAGAAGUAGCUGUGCUUAUGAGGGGGCUUCGUGGCCAAAAUCUGAAAGAUUCUCUUUUUGCAGAUGAUAAUAUCAAGCUUCGCCUAGUUGAGGUUGACGAGAGCAGUGAAUUCCUGCCUUUGGUUUAUGAACCUACUAGCAUUGCUGCAUAUUGGAGGAAAAGGCCACAAGCCAUUGCAACACGCAUUGUGCAACUAUUGUCUGUUGCUGGUGGGUUUCUUUCACGUAUAGCCGUUGAUGUAAUAAACAAGAAGUUCAAGGAGAAUGAGGUUGCUCGGGCUAUUGAGCUGAGGGAGAUUGUAACAUCCCUGGGUCCAGCAUACAUUAAGCUAGGGCAAGCAUUAAGCAUUCGGCCUGAUAUACUGUCACCAGUUGCAAUGGUUGAGCUUCAAAAGCUUUGUGAUAAGGUUCCAUCAUAUCCAGAUGAUAUUGCUAUGGCCCUUAUUGAGGCAGAACUUGGACAACCAUGGUAUAACAUAUAUUCAGAACUUUCUCCAUCCCCAAUUGCUGCUGCAUCUCUAGGACAGGUGUACAAGGGCCGGCUCAAAGAGAAUGGAGAUUUGGUAGCUGUUAAAGUGCAGAGGCCAUUUGUCCUUGAGACUGUUACCAUUGAUUUAUACAUUAUCAGGACACUCGGCCUAGUUCUUAGGAAGUUUCCACAAAUCUCUGUUGAUGUGGUUGGAUUAGUUGAUGAAUGGGCUGCUCGUUUCUUUGAAGAGCUUGAUUACAUUAAUGAAGGGGAGAAUGGGACACUUUUCGCGGAGAUGAUGAAGAAAGACCUUCCCCAGGUUGUUGUACCAACGACAUAUCAAAAGUAUACUUCAAGGAAGGUCCUUACAACACAAUGGAUAGAGGGGGAGAAACUAUCUCAAAGUACAGCAAGUGAUGUUGGGGAGUUGGUAAAGGUUGGUGUGAUAUGCUAUCUUAAGCAGCUGCUUGACACGGGUUUCUUCCAUGCUGAUCCUCAUCCAGGGAAUUUGAUACGCACUCCAGAUGGAAAAUUAGCUAUACUUGAUUUUGGAUUGGUUACAAAGCUAACAGAUGAUCAAAAAUAUGGGAUGAUUGAAGCUAUUUCUCACCUUAUACACAGAGAUUAUGGUGCUAUAGUGAAGGAUUUUGUCAAGUUAGGUUUCAUUCCAGAAGGGGUUAAUUUGGAACCAAUCUUGCCAGUGCUAGCCAAGGUUUUUGAUCAGGCGCUUGAGGGCGGGGGAGCAAAAAAUAUAAACUUCCAGGAGUUAGCCUCUGAUUUGGCACAAAUAACAUUUGAUUAUCCAUUUAAAAUACCUCCUUAUUUUGCUCUAAUAAUUCGGGCAAUAGGAGUCCUGGAGGGCAUUGCUUUAGUGGGAAACCCAGACUUCGCCAUUGUGGAUGAAGCCUAUCCAUACAUUGCACAGAGGCUUCUGACAGAUGAAUCCCCACGUUUAAGGAAUGCCUUAAGAUAUACUAUAUAUGGAAAAUCUGGUGUUUUUGAUGCCGAAAGGUUUAUAGACGUCAUGCAAGCAUUUGAGAAUUUCACAACAGCAGCUAGGAGCGGAGGUGGGGAGAAUAUGAAUGGGAGGAUGGCAGAACUUGGAAUAAUACGGAGUGAGCCAAAUACCAUGCUUCCUGCUUUUCCUUGGACAGCUUCUGAAGGAUCUCAGCCCAUUCAAACUAGGGCGGCCUUGGCAUUUCUAGUUUCUGAAAAGGGGAAUUUUUUUCGGGAGUUUCUUCUCGACGAGACUGUGAAAGGAAUAGAUGCUGUUACGAGGGAACAGCUGAGGCAGAUAAUGUUGGUACUUGGAGUACAAAAUAUAUCUCCGGCAUUCACUUUGGGGAGUAUCAAACCCGCAGCAAUUUUGCCAACAAUAACCGAGGAGGACAAAGUCAUAUUAAACAAUGUCCAAAAGAUAGUUGGUUUCUUAACAUCUGGUAGUACCAUUUCAUCAAAUUCCCAGGGAGUAGUGAAUGUUGCAGGGGCAAUUCGGGAACUCCUCCCCGUGCUGCCCGGCUUUUCGGCCAAAGUGCUACCCGAAGUGGUCGCUCGGUUGUCUUCCAGAGUCUUUGCACGUUUGCUACGAGAUGCGCUAUUGUAAAUCUAACAUUGUUCUUUGUUCUGAACCCAUACCCACAGGUAUCUUUCUCUUUAGCCAAAUGUAGAAAAUAUGUAUAGUCUAAUCGAUGGAAAUCUUUUUUUUUGUUUUCUAAUUUAAAUAUCUCCUACAACGCAAUUUUGAUCAUACAUGUUACUCCCUCUGUCCCAAUUUAAUGUGCCCCAUUUGAUCACAUAUGUUUUGUACUAAUAAAGUGCUUUAUAGUAAUGCAGAGGAGAUGGAAAAAAUGAGGCACAUAUUCUUUUUCAUUUUAGAAAACAGCCCGGUAUUAUUGGAAGGAAAACGGGAAUUAGACGUUGGGAAAAAGAAAGUACAGUAGUAUAA